AUGCGAUGCGCGAGCAAGGCCGCCGAGAGCGCGUCCGCACGUCUCUGUGCGGACGCCGAAGCAGAAACCACAGCAACUGAUGUCUCAUCGGUAGCUGAAGCGACCCAGCCUGUGUCACUUAGUGAUGCAGGCGCUUGUCAUGAAGACACUCAUGUCUUCACAGAGUAUGAGCUCGGUGUCUCAUACUCUCCUGAUACGGAAGACGGAUCCGUAUCGACGGCGAUCGAAACCAAGCCGUCUGCCAAGUGUGCCAUGGAUGAUGCUAUGCGUCGUAGCAUCUUUGAUUCAUCUGACUGA